AUGGCGCUCUCUGUAAGAGCACCGACACAUCCCCUCUCCUCCGCCGCCUAUUUCAUCGGCCUCCUCCUCCUCCUCCUCUCCUCCGCCGCCUCCGUCCACUCCAUCGGCGUCAACUACGGCACCCUCGGCGACAACCUCCCCCCGCCGGCCCAGGUCGCCCGGUUCCUCAAGGACCGAACCACCAUCGACCGGAUCAAGAUCUUCGACACCAACCCGGACAUCCUCCGCGCCUUCGCCGGAACCGGCAUCCUCGUCGCCGUCACCGUCCCCAACGGCGAGAUCCCCUCCCUCGCCAACGACCCCUCCGCCGCCGCCCGCUGGGUCGCCGCCAACGUCUCCCCCUACCACCCCGCCACCCGGAUCAACUACGUCUUCGUCGGCACCGAGGUCCUCCACUGGGGCCCGCAGGAGCUCCGCGACGCGCUCGUCCCGGCCAUGCGGGCCCUCCACCGGGCCCUCGCCGACGCCGGCCUCGUCCGCGACGUCCAGGUCACCACCGCCCACUCGCUCGGGAUCCUCGAGUCAUCCGACCCGCCGAGCCGGGCCCGGUUCAGGCCCGGUUGGGCCGAGGGGAACCUCGCCCCGGCCCUCCAGUUCCACCGCGAGACCAACUCGACCUUCAUGGUCAACCCGUACCCGUUCUUCAGCUACAGCCCGGAGAACGCGAGCUUCAACACGUUCGGGCCGAAUCCGGGUCGGAUCUAUGACCGGUUCACGCGGCGGACCUACGGCAGUAUGUUCGACUUGCUGAUGGACGCGGUGUACGUGUCGAUGAUGAAACUCGGGUACAAGGACGUGGGCGUGGGGAUUGGGGAGACGGGUUGGGCCUGGACCGGGGAUAUCUUAGAGCGGCCCAGGUGCUCGGUGGAGAACGCGGUGUCGUACAACGGUGGGCUGGUGAGAAAGUACAACUCGGGUCGGGGCACGCCCCUGAUGCCCCGGAGGAGGUUCGAGACGUACUUAUUCGCGCUUUUCAACGAGAACCAGAAAACCGGGCCGUUGUCCGAGAGGAGCUUUGGGCUUUUCAACACCGAUUUCAGCCCGGUUUACGACAUCGGGAUUAUGCGUGGGGGAGUUAAUACGAAUCCUGCUCCACAGCCCGUUCCAAAACCAUCAAGACCAGCACCAACCGAACAAAACAAGACAUGGUGCAUGGCAAAGGAAAACGCUUCUGCCUCUGCAUUGCAGGACAAUAUCAACUAUGUAUGUGGGCUACCAGGACAGUACUGCCAGCCCAUUCAGCCCGGUGGCCGAUGCUUUGACCCAAACAAUUUGUGGGCCCACGCCUCUUUCGCCAUGAAUGCCUUUUAUCAAGCCAAUGGCCGUAACAACUUUAACUGUGAUUUUAAAGGCUCUGGCGUGAUUACCUUUACCGAUCCAAUUGGUGAUGAUCAUUCAGCGACCAAUUUAUACAGAGAAGAAAAAUGGAUGGUGAAUUUUCUAGCUGUCUUGAUGCCAUUUGUGUGA